GCCCCCCGAAAAGGAAGAUGGGGACGGCCUGUUCCCCCCUCGCUUCUCCCCACCUCCUCCGCCUCCUCCACGCUCCCCGGCACAGGCGCGCCCUGCUCGCACCGCGCAUGCACGUACCCCCGCCCCCGGCGCGCGCGCGCGCACUGAGUGCUCGUGCAGGAGGCGGCGGUGACGGCCGGAGAGACGCGCGCAGACCCCCCCCCAGCCCCCCUCCCCAAAUUCCCCCCCUCCUCCCUCCCCCCCCCCCGGCCCCGGCCCCGGCCCGCUCGGCGGCAGCAGCAGCCCUCCGCGUCCCCCGGGGAGUGCGGUACCGCGCGCGCGCGGGCGGGCGGCAGGCUGAAGGUGGUCCAUUGUGAGUGUUAGUCAUCUGUCAAAUAUUUGAUAGUCAUUUAUUCAGAAAAUUUCCUGCAUUGUUCAUGGAGUUUUUCAUCAGUAUGUCUGAAACCAUUAAAUAUAAUGACGAUGAUCACAAAACUGUGUUUCUGAAAACAUUAAAUGAACAACGUUUGGAAGGAGAAUUCUGUGACAUAGCUAUUGUGGUUGAGGAUGUUAAAUUCCGAGCACAUCGGUGUGUACUUGCUGCCUGCAGUACCUACUUCAAAAAGCUUUUCAAAAAACUAGAAGUUGAUAGUUCAUCAGUAAUAGAAAUAGAUUUUCUUCGUUCUGAUAUUUUUGAGGAAGUUCUCAAUUACAUGUAUACUGCAAAGAUUUCUGUUAAGAAAGAGGAUGUAAAUUUGAUGAUGUCUUCAGGCCAGAUUCUUGGUAUUCGUUUUUUAGAUAAACUCUGCUCUCAGAAACGUGAUGUAUCUAGUCCUGAAGAAAACACGCAGUCCAAGAGCAAGUACUGUCUAAAAAUAAACCGUCCUAUUGGGGAAGCUAAUGAUACCCAAGAUGAUGAGGUGGAAGAAAUUGGAGAUCACGACGAUAGUCCAUCAGAUGUGACAGUGGAAGGAACUCCCCCCAGUCAGGAGGAUGGAAAAUCACCUACCACUACCCUGAGAGUUCAAGAAGCGAUUUUGAAAGAGUUGGGGAGUGAAGAGGUUCGAAAAGUAAACUGUUAUGGCCAGGAAGUAGAGCCUAUGGAAACAACUGAAUCAAAAGACUUAGGAUCUCAAACUCCACAAGCAUUGGCAUUUAAUGAUGGCAUAAGCGAAGUGAAAGAUGAACAGACGCCAGGCUGGACAACAGGAGCUGGGGACAUGAAGUUUGAAUAUUUGCUUUAUGGUCACAGGGAACAUAUUGUAUGUCAGGCUUGUGGCAAGACAUUUUCUGAUGAAGCACGACUGAGAAAACAUGAAAAGCUACACACUGCUGAUAGACCAUUUGUUUGUGAAAUGUGUACAAAGGGCUUUACCACACAAGCUCAUUUGAAAGAGCAUCUGAAAAUACACACUGGUUACAAGCCUUACAGUUGUGAGGUAUGUGGAAAGUCUUUUAUUCGUGCACCAGAUCUAAAAAAGCAUGAAAGAGUUCACAGUAAUGAGAGGCCAUUUGCAUGCCAUAUGUGUGAUAAAGCUUUCAAGCACAAGUCCCACCUCAAAGACCAUGAAAGAAGACACCGAGGAGAGAAGCCUUUUGUCUGCAGUUCCUGCACUAAAGCAUUUGCUAAGGCAUCUGAUCUAAAAAGGCAUGAGAACAAUAUGCACAGUGAAAGGAAACAAGUUACUACAGCCAAUGCCAUCCAGAGUGAAACAGAACAAUUACAGGCAGCAGCUAUGGCUGCUGAAGCAGAGCAGCAAUUAGAAACUAUAGCUUGCAGUUAGAAACAAAAGCAGCAACUUUAUCAGAAAUAAUAUAAGAAAUUAAAUUGAUCAAAAUCUAUUGUUGGUAUAUGUUUAGACUGAUAAUUAUCUUUUCAAGAAAACAUAUUUUUAGAGGAUUUGAAUGCUGCAUAGGAACACACAGCAUUGCUUGGUUAGGUAUUUUAAAAUAAUUCAGAGAUGCGUAUUCUUAGAAUAUAAAAUAGUUUUGUUGUCAUUAGAGCUAUAAUGCACUAAUACAUGAUUUAAUUUAAGAAUAUGAUCAAGUUCUCUGUAAAACAGAGGGAUCGUCACUGGCUGAUGUUUUAUUUCAUCUAGUAUGGAAUACUACGUACAUUGUAGACAUCAAAAUCAGUGAGUUGUGUUUAAAAAUGCUGAGAUCUCAAAAUAACAAACAUGGAAAUGAAAUACUUAUUUUUCAUAAUUUUGAAGGUAUUGUACCUACAAUUUAUGAAACACAGCUGUUGAUUUCCUAGGAUUUCCUAGGAUUUCCUUUUACUUCCUCCUUUUUUUCACCUACUGUAGGUGCUAGAUAUUGGUACAGCAAAGCGUAAUGGGGAGGGUGAUCAAAUCAAAUUGCUUCUUAUUCCACUCCCUCAAAUAUCCUUUUGUUUUAAUCAAGCUGGGAAGUUUACUGAAGUAGUAAAUGCUUGCUUUCCUGAAAAAACCUGCAUUAUUCACAUUCACAGUAGUCCAGGCUGGCAAAACAGAAAGGUCAUUGCAUUCACCUAUCCCUUCUAUGGGGAAAAGAAUCUGCCCCUUUUGUUUCUGUGUUUGCUUUAGAAAUCUUAAUGCAGUCCCCAGGAGAUGGGGCAGAGCGACAAAGCAAAAAGGGUGCAGCAUGAAGAAGGACAUAUUUUCCUUGCUGAGACCCAGCUGAAAUUAGUUAAAGCUAAUACAGCCUGAGGUUGUAGUUUUUAUUACGCAGCUUUCAAGUUUUCCCUUCACCUAAGCUAGCACAAACCCAGGCGAAGGAGUGUUUCUGGCAGCACAGCAGAAUUAGCUGCACUGUCAAGUGUUUGGAAUUCCCUGCCAGACCUCCCAAGUUCCGGUGUAAAGCCACAGGCUGUCAGAUACCUGCCAGCCAUUUGGGCUUUAUAUCUUGGAUGGUCAUUCUAGCCAGUAGGUCCUGUUUAAGUCUAAAAAUUUCUGCCUUCUGACGUGCUACCUCUUGGCGAGAGGAAGAUUUUGGUGAGUGAUUUCAGGCGUCAUUGAUGCAGAAUCAGUGUUCCUUAAUAGUCUGUUACUUAGAGUUGCCUAUUUUUGUUAGACAACCUUGGGUAGAUGCUGUUAAUUCAAUUCUCACAGCAUCAGCAAAAUCCAUAGUCUUUGGAUUGCACUGUGCUAUGCGUUGUCAACAAGAGAAGACAGAGCAACAGUGAUAGAGUGAUCCAAAGGGAUAUCAAGCCUUUAUUUUAAAUGUGUAAAUACUACAACUGUUGUCAACACUUCACUGGAAGUUGGAAUGGGCAAAAAUGCACUCUUGUGCACAUGGUUGGAAUAUGUUGGUCACUUGAGAUACCUAUAGUAUAUGAAAGUCUUGACCAGUUAAUGAUAAGUUACUAUGUGGUAGGUGACCUCUUGCAUUUCUAAAUAGAAAUUGAUAAUAGCAUUUUUAGAACUAUUAGAUGAAACUUUACUCUGAUUAUUGAUUUUUUUACAGCUUCGUUUUAUUCAUGUACUCAUCAGGUUAAGCAAUUAUAUUAAAAUGCCAAUAAUUGUUUGAAAGCUGGUCUGUAAAUAAAACAUGAAUUUAAUAUUUUAGAAAUGUAAACUUUGGACCUUUACGAAUAUAUUUUUUUAAAAUGUUGCUUCAUUUUGCAUUCAGUAAUAUUAGUUUGUAAACAAACUAUACGUUUUGUAUCUGUGCAGCAUCAGAGGAUGUGUAUUCAUGGCAUUUUAUUGGUUCUCUUGAGGAACAUGAUAAAUGAUCAUUGUUGAAAUGUUUUACUGUAUAUAAUCAUAGAUAAAGAUGGUAGGUCCAAAAUGGGAUCUACUUUUUUUUUCUUUCUAAGUAUAUUAGUCUUGCUAUGUUUUCUUGUCUAAAAUGUUGUUCACUGUUUCUUAGAUGAAAUAAUUGGGAUUGUUAAGACUAGACAAAACAAGUCUGUUGUGAUAAGACUUCGAAAGUGUAAAAGAUAGCCAUAAAGAGGAAGAAAAUCAUUUUUUUUUCUGUAGAUCUCCCAUGAGGAGUGUAAAAAGUAAUGAGCUUAAAUUACAACAGUGAAGAUUUACAUUAGAAAAGACUUUCUAAUGGAUAGAAUAUUGAAAUAUUAGAACAGAGUGCCUUGGGAGGUGCUGCAAUUUGCAUUAGUGGUGAUCCUCAAGAACAGGUUAGACAAACAUCCGUCAGGCGUGGUUUAAAUAUAGUUAAUUCCACCUUGAAGCAGAGGGAUAAGCUAAGAAACCUCUCAAGGUCCUCUUUAAUUUUGGCUUUCUGGAAUGUUUUGAAAGUAAUAAAUGAACAUAUGUCUCACUGGGGCAGCAGACACUUCAAUGGAAAGACUGAGCUGAAGGCAUACGCUUCAGGAAAAUUGCAGUCUUGACAUUUGUGCACAAAUAACCAGGUUGUGAAUUUGAAACUCUUGUAGAAAAACAGGCUUGUGUUAAAAGGCAGACAACUGAAAGUGUGAUAACUGCUCUUCAGCUAUCAAGGGCUGUGUGAUAUUUGUAGCUCUUUAAAAUUGGACAGUUUGGUAUUGUACAUACUCUAAUAUUAACGUGUGCAGAGGCAGAAUCAAAUGUUACUGUUGCAUGUGCCUUGGACAUGAACACCUCACACAAGGCUUGGUCUUAACAGUCUCUGUCACAGGAAUAAAUUAAGUGAAAACAAUGGGAUUGUUCCCAUGACAUAGGCUUCAGAAGGGGCUUAAGCCUCUUGCUACUUUUUAGCUACCUGGGAUUCAUAAGACUACUCUAUUUUCCCAAGGCUGCCAAUGAUGGUAUUGAUCAGGAAAGCAAAAACUUGGUAACAAAUUUUGUGAUUUUGAGAAUUUAUUGGAAAUUUCUACUACCAUUGCUUCAAGGAUUUGAAGCUACUUUUUUUUUUUUUGAAAGCCAAUGGAUAAUUUUUUGUUCACUUCCCAAAUAUUUUUAUUCAAGAAAGUGAUAAGACCUAGAAUAAGCUUAAGCUUAAAGUUCCAGAAGAGAUUUUAGAAAGGAACUGUGGAGGUUACCACAGCUGUACGCUAUAGUUAGCAUAUUUAAACUGAUACUGUUGUAUGUAUACAUUCUGAAAGGAUGGUAGUUUCUGUGUUAUGGGGGUCUGACUCCAAAGUUCAAACUGGCUGCAUCUUCAGAUAUUACUGAUCCCAGCUUCUGCCCUGUCUGUGCCAAAAGACAUUAUGUACAGAAGCAAAUGUAUAUGAGCUCCAAGCCACUGCAGCACUGGCUGAGGAACAGGCACAUUUUUUCUUCAGUUGUUACAAACGUGGCAACUUCUUUCAGAGCUCAUGAGAUAGUGGAUGAAACCCUGUCUGAUUAGUGCGAAUUUUGCCAUUGACUUCAUUUGGGGCCAGACUACCCCAGUAUCCUUAAUAAGGUUUGCAAACAAGAGGCAAAUUAGCUAACUAAUGUGCAUGCAAGAGUGUCAGAAUGAUAUAGAAACAUAAAUGGCUAAAACAACAUUUAAUAGGAAUUAAUUGUUUUUACAAAAUUGACAAGCAAAAACAUCAUGCAUGAGAUUAGGCCUAAACAUACACUUCUCCAUCUGUUGUUUUUGGAAUCAGAGUCAGUUACGUCCUUAGUAUACAAAGGAUAGCAAAAAAUCAGCUACUCUUUUGGGCUUGUACUGAAAAUGUGUCCAUGUUAUGAUGCUGAAUGAAUGAGUGGCUUCAAUGGAACUCUCCCAUGUAUUGGAAUCAAAUAUAUGAUUAUUUGUUUGCAUGGUCAGGGUUUUUAUGUAUAUAAUGCAGCAACAUGUCAGCUGAUGUAAAAUGAGGUGGUUCUGGUGACCUGAAUGGGUCUAUAUGGCUAACACCAGUUGAGAUGCUAAGCGAAAGUCUUCUCAACUUAAAAAAAAAAAAAAAAAGAAAAGAAAAAAAGUCUAAAUAUUGAGGAAAAAUAAUCAUUUCAUUAAAAGGCUUUGUGAUUUAAAAGGCUAAAUUACUCAGAUGAAGAGCAAUAUUUGAAACAAGAACUUUGCUAUUCUAUGAUCAUAACUGUGCUCUUAAAAACUGUUGCUUCCUAAAGAGAAAAGGAGACAAAAGAACACAUUUUGCACUCUGGUAUUUGAAUCACUUCUGAUCCAAAUUGUUAGCCAUGGUUAUAUUGCUGGUUAUUUGACACAACUAAGUUUGAAAAAUACACAUUAGCCGUGACAGAAGAAUAUCUUCCAGCCCUUCUCUACCUCCCUCACAUUCCAAAAAACACUUACCCUUCUUAUCAAUACUUAAACAUUAGAAAAUGAAGCAAUUCACAUUUAAGUACUUAUGUUUUCAUUUUCUAUAUUAAUCUUUGAAAAAGAUUUAGGCCAAGGUGAGUUCUAAAGGUUGUUUGUAAUGUGUGAAAGAGAAUUUCUCAUGUUGUUUUCAGCGGCAAAGUUUUAAAGAGUUUACAUUUUAUGUGUUCGUACAAGCUAGAGAAUUCUAAAUACUGUUCAAAAUCUUGCCAUUUAUUUAGGUAUCGAACCUGGAGUUCUUUUGAAGAUCUGGCCCUGAUUUUCUAGUCUAGAGACUACUUUAGGGAUGCCUUAAUUCAUGAUGCCAGUAUGGAUAUUUAAAUUAACAGAGAUGGGUAAAAUGCAGAAUGUAAUACCAGAUGAUAUCAGAAAGUUUACCCUAAGCUUAAAGUGUAUUUUUAAGGGCUGAUUAUCUACUCUUAUGUCUUCUAUCAAUUUAGACACCCCUCUGUCUUACAGAAGGUGUGCAUUUCUGAAUGAAAAUAUGUCUAGCUCUAAUAAUAUAUGACUUCUUUGAAAACGCACAUGUACGUAUCACUACAGAAUAGGAUAAUUUCACAUGGAAGAUCUAAGGAAUUUUCAUCUCUUUCAGUUCAUAGAUUGCAGCAGUAUGCCCAGUGAGCCAGAAAUGUAUGUUUCAUUAAAAAUUCCAUUACAGCAGUUGGUCUGUCAUUUGUCUUCACACAGAUCUAAAACAAUUAAAAUAUGCUUAUUCAUUUCAGAAUGGAUAGAGGAUUUCUAUGAAUAGAUUUUGUUAAAUGUGUGUCGUAAGAGUCAGGACAUGUGUUUUCAGGAAUGGUUUUUAAAUGUAGUAUAAGAAAUCUGAAAUAAUGUGACAGCUGAAAAUAGUGAUUUAUAUUAUAUUAGCAUAUGUUUUCAAAUGUAUUUCUCUCCACUGUCCUUUUCUAUUUUUUUGUCUGUAGACGCUACUCCUUUAUACAAUUAUACAACUCUGAAACUUUAUGAACUUCUGCAGUUCCAAUGCAUUGUAUGGACUAGCUAUCAUGUUAAGAGUUCUUUAAAAUAGAUGUAGACUCUUGAAGUCUUACUUAUUUUUAAUAAUCUGUAACUAAGCAUCUAGUUUUAUACAGAUAAGCUUGAAAAAUAUGUAGACCAUGUGAAUAAAGUUGUUCCAAGUCUGGA